AUGUCGCUGCUUUUGCUGGAUGAGACUGCACCGGACAUCCCGGUCCAGGAUGCCGGCCAGAAGCCCUCAGUGAUAGCAGCCAUACAAGACUCAUUGUCCUCUUCUCGCUUUCUCGUCAAAGCCCCUCCUUCGAAGGCCUCCACCAAAGCGUCCACGUCUCUGGCAAGGACUCGGCGUCAGAUAAGCCGGGUGAGCCGGACAGAGCUGGAAGAUGGGUUUCUGCGACUUCAUGACGAAAACCUACUGCUCAAGGAGUUUGCCCGGAAGCAGGAGGACAGGAUUAAGAGGAUGGGCACCACACUGUCCAGACUCAACCACGGGAGAGCCCAAGCUGACGGGAACCGGAACUGUGGUCGGAACCUGGACCUGGAGGAGGACCUGGAGGACACACAGGAACGGGUCUGGGAGCUCGAGAGGCGCAACGAAGGGCUGAGGAACCGCCUGCACUUCUACAAGCAGCAGCUGCAGCUGCAGAACUGCGGCCGCCACUGCCCCUACGCCUAUGUCCCUCCCCGGGUCGACACGGGACUCAGGCGGGGGCACACGACCGCCGGGCGAGCGCCCGAGAGACUCCGCAAAGGCAUGAGGGUGCAAGGACCAGAAGUCCGGCCGACCCACACAGCCCCUCCCAGAUAUGGGGAUCGCGUACCGGAGGGAUCCCGAGCAGAGACACUAGCGCACAGCUUGGUGCUGGCCGAGCUGGAACCGGACUCUGAAACGCCGAGUUCCCUGCAGGGCAGGGAGACCGAUCCAGAAAGCAGCCAGACUCAGCAGCGCCGCCACGAGGCCCAUGCUCGCCGAACUGCAAUCCAAGACAACGUGGAGCUGAUCCGCCUGCAGAAGCUGCUGAAGGCGAAGAAUUCAGAACUGGCGACUGCCAAAGCCCAGUUCACAGGCCUGCAGGAAACUUAUGAGACUCAUUUCCACCAGAACCAAGAGACCCUGAGGACAGCCAACGAGGCGUUGCUGGCUCAGGUUGAAGAGCUGAACGGCCGACUCAAGGAAGAGACCCAGAAGGCGAUGGCCCUGGAGAGCCAACUGGAGAGCCUUUUGCCAUUGCAGAGGACACUAGAAGAGUUUCAGGAGAGAGUCCAGGACCUGCAGAAGGAAAGAGACUUGCUGAAGGAAGAUUAUGACAAACUGCUGGAGAGCUGCAUCAGUGCUGCCCAGCAAAACCGGGAUGAGGUACCCCAGAGGGACAACAUUCCUCCUUUGGAAGAACAGCUUAGCUGGGUGGUGGUGGAGAAGCAGCAGCUGCAGGAACAGCUGGAAGAGGAAAGAGCUCGGAACAAGGAACUGAAGGAGGAGGUGAUUCAGCUGCUGAAUCGGGCACAGGACUCCAAGGACGUCAAGGAAGUCGACUCCUCAGAGGAGAAGGGGGCCAUCUUGGAAAACCAAAGUGCGGGGCAAGAGCCUCAAUCCAAUCCUGCCCAGGUCCCGUACAUGGAGAUUCUGUCGAUAGAGACAACGCAGCAGGAUGAGGCCCAACGAAGCCUAAAGCGCCGGCUCCAUGAAACAGAGGCUGCCCACGCAGAGACGAUACUGGAGUUAGAGAAGACCCGUGACAUGCUCAUCUUGCAGCACCGCAUCAACCGGGACUACCAGGCGGAGCUGGACGCGGCGGCGCUACGGGCUGAGCGGGAGAAGAAGGACCACGAGGAGAAAGAGCAGCGCAUGGCCCGGCUCCUGGACCUGCGUAGUGCUCGCAUUCGCCAACUGGAAGGACAGUUGAAGGACGUGGCCUAUGGGACCCGGGCGCUCCCAUUCCUACCCACUGAGGGUGACGCGGCCACAGAAGCCGGCCCUGACGGGGCGUGCCCACGUCUGCAGCGUGGUGAGAACCUCUUUGAGCUCCACGUCUCCGGCGCAGUGCUCUCGGCCGACUUGCUCCGUCUGCUGGGGGACCCGGAGCCUACCACCUUUUGCACGUAUGCCUUCUACGACUUCGAGACCCACUGCUCGCCCUUGGCGCGAGGCCCGCGGCCCCAGUAUGACUUCACGUCCCAGUACGUGGUGCGGGCGGAGCCCUUGUUCCUGCAGUACUUGCACGGGGCCGCUGCCCGCCUCGACCUCCACCUCGCUUCAGCCGUCGACCACACCACCCUGGCUUCUUGCUGGUUGCGUUUUGGGGAAGCGCUGGGGAGCGGGGAACAGGUGCACGCCACGGCUGUGCUUCAAGGUCCCAGUGGCGAGGACUACGGACUUUUGGAGUACUGGAUGAGGCUGCGCUUUCCUAUCGAGCAGACCCUGAGGCUGCACUGCCAGCGGACCAAAGCCUUGGGCUACCUGUCUGCGGGAGUGCCCCGGGCUCCCGUCGCUCAAGAGGGGGUGCUGGGCCCAGGUUGGAACGAGUUCACUGUGCGGAUCGAGGGCUGUGCCCGCCUGCGCAGCCGCUGGCUCGGCUCCCAACCCAGCCCCUAUGCCAUGUACCAGUUCUUCACUUUCCCGGAUCACGACACCGCCAUCGUCCCUUCCAGCAGCAACCCCCACUUCGGAGACCUGCGCUCCUUCCCUUUGCGGGUCACGCCGGAGCUGCACCAUUACUUGCUCCGGGAGAGCCUGCGGGUGUACGUGUUUGACGACGAAGACAUAGAGCCAGGGAAUUUCUUGGGCAAAGCCCAGAUCCCGCUGCUGCCGCUAGCGCAUGGACGCAGUGUCGCAGGAGACUUUGUGCUCACAGACCCAACCGGGAAGCCCAGCGGGUCUAUCAGCCUGAGCCUGGAGUGGAAGCUUCUUUAUGAAGCCCCUGAGGAAUUCCUCCGGCAGGCGUCCUGGGAUCGGGAGGCCCAUCACCGGUCUUUGGAGCUGCAAAUCGAGAAGGAGCAAGCCACGCUGCAGAGCCAGCACCAGAGGAAGAAGCCGCGUCUCAGCCUGCCGGAGCCUGACAGACACCUUCAGAAAUCCGCCGAACCAGACGACGGAACCAGGGGAGCAGCUCAGUUGAGUUCAGCAUUCGAGUGCAGAAGACGUGGAAGAAAGGAGGCCGUGGAUGGCACCAUCCGGCAGGUAGCACUGGAAAAGCUUAAAGAGGAGGCAGGGGAACGACCGGCUGUGGCAGAGGAGGGCUGGCCUGCAAGACUCCAAGAGUCAGAAGCCGAAUUGAGCGCACCCGCGGAAGCAGCCGCGCCAAAGGAUGCUGCCUCUGAGGAACUGGACAGCAUCAGUGACGCCCCAACCACGGAGAGUGACGAAGUGGUUGUGGCCCCACGCAUGUCGCGGGAGCCUCUGGAGCUGCGAUUUUUAGACAGGAUUCGUGUGGAGGUGGUGUCUCUGAGCUUACACCCGGACAGCGAACCAGUUGCUAAUGAGGGCAUCCAGCAACUCUAUGUGGAGUACCGAUUCCCGGGAGUUCUACUGGCAGAAACGGAGACCCCCUUCUCAUUACGGAAGCCCCUCGGAGGCCAGGAGAUCUACUUCCACUUCAGUAAGGUUAUUAAACUGGAUCUGGACCCAGCCAGCAUUCAGAGGCAGCUGCUGUUUGCCAUGCUGGUGGCGGAGGAACCGCGGCAUAGCCAGCUGCAGUUCGUAGUGGUGAGCGAACCUCUGCCCGGGGCUGGUGGAGAGUGUGAUGACGUGGGCUUUGCCUAUCUGGACCUGCGGGAGAUCCUUCUGACAGGAAGUGAUGUAGCCGUGCAAAACCUGCAAGUCCUCAGCUCCCUUGACCCCGACGUCAUUAUUGGCCUGCUGAAAGUCUCCGUAGAGGCAGCGGCUGCCCUGCGCCUCGUCUACUGGGCAGGCAAAAGAAUGAGCAACAAGGGGGUGUGA